AUUCUGAGGGCGGCGACGACAACGUAGACAGCGCGAUGAACCUGUACCACUAUCUGAACUCGGUGCAGCGGGUGUGGAAUGCCGGCGAGGGCCAAGCCGUGGCACGGCUACUGUCCCUGUCGGAUCAACACGUAAGCAAUUCGAACUUGCAUGUGGAGUACCCGGAGACGGCCGUGGAUCGACAGCUCGAAUCGCCGUUGGAUGAGGUGGUGUCAUGUCAUCUGAAGGUGCUGUUUUAUCUGACAAAGGAGCCUCGGAACUACAGCGACGCUUACAAGCAGCAAACGAACUGCAUCCAGGCCGUGGUCAAAAUGCUUCAGGUGAUGAAAGACGAGAACUGGUUCCUUCCGAUUAUGUACACGGUAGCCAUUGACCUGCGUCGGCUAGCGGCGAAAUGUGAGGAACAGCUAAAAACGUCCAAACCGGGCGAAAUUCUGGAGAAGGCGGCCGAGUGUCUGAUGGCGUGCUUUCGGGUUUGCGCGGCGGACAAUCGGGCUACCGAUCAGGACACCAAGCGGCUGGGAAUGCUCAAUUUGGUCAAUCAGCUGUUUAAGGUGUACUUCCGGAUCAACAAGCUGAACUUGUGCAAGCCCCUGAUCCGAGCCAUCGACAGUUCCAAUUUCAGGGAUUCCUUCAGUCUCGCCCAGAGGAUCACCUACAAGUACUUCGCCGGCAGGAAAGCCAUGUUCGACUCGGACUACAAAAAUGCCGACGAAUAUCUUAGCUUCGCCUUCGAGCACUGUCCGCGGAGGUUCACCAAGAACAAGCGGCUGAUCCUGACCUAUCUGGUGCCGGUGAAGAUGCUACUCGGCUACAUGCCCCGGAAGGAAGUCCUGGAACGGUACAACAUGUUGCAGUUCUACGAGUUGACGAUGGCCCUGAAGGAGGGAAACGUCCGGAGGUUCGACGAGGUCAUCCAGAAGCACGAGGCGUUCUUCAUCAACGCUGGAAUCUACCUCAUAGUGGAGAAGCUGAAGAUUCUCGCCUACCGGAAUCUGUUCAAGAAGGUCUAUUUGAUCCUGCAGACGCACCAGAUCGACUUGAAUGCAUUUUUGACAGCCCUGCAGUGGGUCGGCGAGGAGGAGCUGACGAUGGACGAGACGCACUGCAUCGUGGCCAAUUUGAUCUACGAGGGACGGAUCAAGGGAUACAUCAGUCAUCAGCACAACAAGCUGGUGGUUUCGAAGCAGAAUCCGUUCCCGAAUGUAAUUGUGACUUAGAGUUUAGUUGGAUGAAUAAGAAAAGAGUGGAAGAUGUGGAAUAAUCUCUCUGAA